AUGGCUGACACGAUCUCCAGCGAUUCCCUGCGACGCAAGUCAUCAUCGUCCAGUUCCAGCAACGAUGUGGAUAUUGUGGAUCAGAUAAAUGGCUGCUUUGGGCGUUGGCAAUUGCGCACAAUAUUGUUGAUCUUUCUGUGUAAAAUUCCGACAGCCUGGUUUAUGGCCUGCAUCAUCUAUACGGCGCCAUAUCCACGCAAGGGAGAAUUGGUCUGUCGACCAGCUGGCUGGAAUGCCAGUCAAUCGCAGGAACUACUUGAAGAGCAUACUGAGAUAAAUACCCUUCUCUCAGAGGAACGGAGCACAGAUCGUCUAUUCAAUGUGGAUGUAUGCAGCGCCUACGCUCUGAGCUUGACUCAAGGAUUUGUGCGGCGCUACGGCCAGGAAUGGAAUACCAGCUCAAGGGAUACGGAUUCAUCGCAUUUGCCGUGUGAGAAGGUGGAACAUACCACGGCCUAUAAGUCCUUGAUCACUCAGUUCGAUUUGAUUUGCUCGAGACGUGUGCUGGUUGCCGUUACCCAAUCCUUUCAUGCCUUAGGUGCUCUAGUUGGAGGUCUACUGGCCUAUAAAGCUCUUUCCAGCAUUAGUCCUCGACGUCUGAUGCUCUAUGGCAUGUUGGGUCAAAUAUUUUGUGGUAAUCUCACAGGUUUGGUGGAUACCUAUCAACUGCAUGUCUACUUUCGUUGUCUCACUUCGGUUUUCUGUGCCUUUAUGUAUACGGCCGGACAGUUUAUAUUAAAUGACAUAACUUCUGGCCAGGCGCGCAUUUUGGUAAUAACUUUGUCGGAACUCUUUUGGUCUAUUGGUUUAAUUCUACUGCCGGCUAUAUCAAUAUAUUUUGACGAUUGGAGCUAUCUGUAUGUGGCCAUAUCAUCAUCACUUUUCAUACUUGUCUGGCUACAUCGUUGGAUAGCAGAUGCUCCGCGUUGGUUGUUACGCCAUCAGCGUAUUGAGGAAGCAUUGCGAGAACUGCUGGAAUCGGCUACCUAUAAUGGAAGAAAAGUGCCCUUGACUUUGGAUGUACAACUUACGAUCUAUGCCAAGGAUUUGGAAUCAAAAGAUCAGAAAAAACGCAGUUAUUGUGGCAUAUGGGAUGGUGAGACAAAGCGAAGUCAAUUAAUCUACAUACAUUGCAUUUGGGCCUGUGCCUUGGUGUUAUAUAAUAUUAUUUUGCUAAUGAUACGCACCUUGGGCAGUGCUCAAGUGCAUGUUAAUACGGCAGCUUUGGGAUUUGCGGAAAUGGUUGGAGUGUUUGUGGGUCUUUAUUUUAUACUAUACACCCGGAGACACUGGAGAUGGGCCGGAAAUCUAAUGAUAGUAGCAGGAAUUUGCACAUAUUUUGUGUGGCUAUUGCCGGAGACUGCUCGCAACUCGAGACGUGUGGGACUGGAACUUUUCUUUUGGUUACUCCUAAAGUUUGCCAACUCGGCUUCUAUAGCCGUGCUUACCACUUGCACCGGUGAAAUGGUGUCGGCGGAGAAACGUGUGUUUUUCCUACUCUCUGUGAUCACUUUUAGCCGGCUGUGUCUUGUCUUUAGUCCUUUGCUUACCACUUUGGUGGUUAUUCAUCCACUUGUGCCCAUCACAAUUAUUGCCACUCUAGGCUGGAUAUAUGGACUGGCUUUACGGCGACUCAAUCGCUACUAUUGGAAUACGGAACAACCGCAUAUUGAUCAUGUUCCCACUCCAAAUACCUAUCGCCGCAAUUCGGCCCUCAUAUUGAGACGCAGAAGUUCAACUAGCUCCGAAGUUAGUGGCUUCAGCAAUGAAUUACUAUCUAAUUUUGAACACAAUCUGGCUGUUAGCAUUGCUGAUAUAUGGCACAUAAAUUUUAAUCCCAUCAAUGAACUGGAAGAAAUAGAAUUAAAUGAAAAGGCUGUCAAAUCGCGCAGCUUGGAAACAGUAUAACAAAAAUCAAUGCUGCCUAGAAGUAUGCAACGUUUAGUCUUCAAAUAAUUGUGAUCAAUAAAGAAAAAUUAGAAUUAUUACCAUAAGAAAUCUUUAAGCAAAAUGAAAACAAUUUAAAUUGAUUAGAAUUAAAUAAACCUUUUCUAUUUUUAGAAACAAAA